UCUCUCUCUCUCUCUCUCUCUCUCUCUCUCUCAGAGUCUGGAGUUGAGUCAGAGUAGAGAUCUGGUUUUAAAAGUGAACCUGAGCGUAUAAGAAACUCUCCUGCAUUUAGCUUUUAAGCAAAAACAAACGUUCAUUCAUCCUGGACUUAAGUUUCAUCAGUGGCUGAAUUACCAUGGCGAAGAACUCUCUCCCUGGAGCUGUGAGGAGAUACGUUUGAUCUUUUGCUGCUAGAACGAAUACUAAAGAAGAAGAGGAAAAGGAAAAGGACGAAUAAUAAUAGUUAGAGGCACACAAAGAACGAAGAACUUCUUCUUCUGGAACUUCUUGAACUCAAAGAGAUGGAAGAAGGCUACGAACUUGACCUGACCUAUGUGACGGAGCGCAUCAUUGCCGUCUCCUUCCCACAGGCCUGCUCUGAAGAGACCUACCUGCACAAUCUAAAGGAUGUCACGCGCAUGCUCAAGUCCAAACAUGCCGAUAACUAUUUGGUGAUCAACCUGUCAGAGAAGAAACAUGACCUGACCAAGAUGAACCCUAAGACUUUAGACACGGGCUGGCCGGACCUGCACGCUCCUCCUCUGGAUAAGAUCUGCACCAUCUGUAAGGCCAUGGAGAACUGGCUGCACAACGACCCGCUGCAUGUGGUGGUCAUCCACUGCAGGGGAGGUAAAGGCAGGAUCGGAGUGAUCAUCUCUUCCUUUGUUCACUUCACAGACAUCUCCGCCAGCGCGGAUCAGGCACUGGAUCGCUUUGCCAUGAGAAAAUUCUAUGACGAUAAAGUCUCAGCUAUGAUGACGCCCUCACAGAAAAGAUAUGUAUGGAUCCUGAACAGUCUGCUCAGUGGCUCCAUGAAGAUGAACACAUCUCCUCUCUUCCUGCACUGUAUCAUCCUGCAUGGCAUUCCCAACUUUGACAACUCUGGGGUGUGCCGUCCCUUCAUAAAGGUGUAUCAGGGCAUGCAGGCCGUCUACGCCUCCGGAGUUUAUCACAUUGGACCAGGCCACAGACACAAGGUGUGCAUCGCCCUUGAGCCGGCGCAGCUACUGAAAGGAGACAUAAUGGUAAAGUGUUUCCAUAAAAGCAGUCCGUCUCAGCGGGAUCUGGUGUUCAGACUGCAGUUCCACACCGGAGCUGUGCAGGGAUACAGCCUGAUGUUCGAGAAGGAGGACAUGGAGCAGGCCAACAAAGAUCCCAGAUUUCCGGAUUAUGGCAAAGUGGAGCUGGUGUUCUCUGAAGGCCCUGAGAGGAGCCAAGGAGCUGAUAUUUGGCAAAACGGUGCUGAUGUCUCGGUGGACUACAGCUCAACAGACUCGCUCAACAGAUGGGACUCGUACCAGGACGUCUGCAAUGGGGAAGCUCCCCCCUUGCAGCCCCCGAUUGCAACCCUGGACAAAUUAUCACCUAAACGAAGCCAGGGCAGCACAGUCAUCCUAAGCAGGUCCAACCGCACCACAUCUGUCACCUCCAGCCCCGAGCAUAGUGACCACGCUCUUUCAGCCAGCAGUGACUCUGGUCUCUCAAGUGCCUCCCUUUGGACUGAGCGCUGCCUUGUGUCAGGUGGAAAGACUGCUGGUCCCAGUGAGCAGGAGAAGGCAGACCUAAAUCGCCUUCUGAGUGGAUUUGGGCUCGACAAACCUCGGACAGAUGAGGGAAUGGAGCUGACCUCAGCCUCUCAGGGAGUCCUCCAUCACCCAGUGCAGGUCCACAUAAACGGCAAUUCCCGGCCGAAAGAGCGAGAAACGGACAUCCUGGAUGACGAGGUUCUGAUGUCCGGCCAUGACCUGCGUAGUGUGGACAGUCUGGGGACUCUCUCAUCAUCAUACCACAAGAGCAGCCAAAACUCUCUGUUGUCUGAUGGCUUCUGCAGCCCUGGAGUGAUUGAGGAUAUCCCACAUCCUGGCCCAGCUGCCAUGGAAGAAUAUGAACGAGCAUAUGCUGAGACUCGCAGAAACUGCCUUGCCAAGAGAACUGUCUCUGUUCCUAUCACCACCACUUCUAGCACAGCUUCCAAGGGGCAGCAAUUCCAGCAUGGCAACUACUCCACUCAGACCUGGGUCCGCCAGCAGCAAAUGGUAGCUGCUCCGCACUACUCCUACCUGCCUGAGGAAAGUGCAGUGGAGGAGAACUUCCAUGUGGACAGGCAAGAGAUUUCACUCAAAGGGAUCAUCAGUGAUCAAAACCAUGCUGCUCUGAACCCAAAGAUAUCUCCAUGCCAGGAAAGUGAUAAAAAUCAUGAUGAGGAGUUUAACUCCCUUACAGUGGACAUCGACAACUCCAUUGACCAACUUAACCAGCUGAUCCUGGACUUGGACCCUACAUUUGUGCCCAUACCAACACGGACCAAUUCGUUAAAAAAAAAUGGAGGACCAACAACUGUUACUACAACAUGUAACAACAAGGGUUUGACACUCAAACUCAAUGAGAACAACAGGAAUCAGCAGGCAGCUGUCCCACCAGCCAGAGAGAGUUUGCGAGCUCUGAGUCGUCAGGGCAGUGAAGUGACCGAACACUCGACAGUGUGUGUGAGACCGGCAUGGGACAUGGAGCCGGAGUUCAGGGACAGACUGACAUACACACACAGUGUAGCUCCACCACAGCGAGCUCCUCUGUCCAGAGCAGACAGUGUGGAGUACCGAGGUCCGAGUGCUGGUCUGGACACAGGAAGUGACAUGGUUCCUCCAACUCCAGCCUUCCCCAUCUCACCACCCACACCUUAUGUGAAGUCCAUGUCGGAGUUUACGCACUUCUCCCAGACGCCGUCUCCCAGCACACCCAUGUUCGGAGCCUUUAGGACGGAGCACGAUAUGAAAACUUUUGCCGAUAUUAUGGGACGUGACGAGAGCAGGGUGAACGUGUCCCACAGAGCCUUCACACACUCCCCAUCCACUGGAGGAGUGAUCACCCUGACAGAUGGUUCGGGUCAGUCCUCCUGCCAAGAGGGGGUGCUGCUCAGCCGCAAGACUUCCAUCAACACCCAACACUCUGACCCUGUGGGCUACAACCAGAACUCCCCUCCAUCCCACCAUCCCCACACACACCCUCACCCCGCCGCCAAUGCCCACAGCUCGCCCUGGGGCAUCCAGAGGACCCGGAUGGUGCAGUACACACUAAAUCGUAGCCCUGCACUCAGCUUCGAUCAGGAGCCUGAUGGUCUGAGCUACGAGCCCCAGCAGCCCCCACUUCCUGAGAAGAUGCAUGUCCUAGACUGCGAGCGCUCUUUAGGUUCCGUCUCCCCGGCACCGAGCGGGUUCUCCAGUCCACACAGCGGGAGCUCACUCUCUAUUCCCUUCCCUAACUCACUGCCUGAGCUGCAGGCCAGGAGCAACAGUAUCAGCCCUCUACCAGAUGUCCUGGUGAGCAAGCAGGUGACAGUCAAGUUUGUCCAGGACACUUCAAAAUACUGGUAUAAACCAGACAUCGCACGGGACCAGGCCAUCGCAGUGCUGAAGGACAAAGAGCCUGGCUCGUUCAUCGUACGUGACAGCCACUCAUUUAAAGGCGCUUACGGAUUGGCUAUGAAGGUGGCCAUGCCCCCUCUGUCUGUGGUGCAGCAGAGUAAGAAGGGUGGAGAUUUGUCUAACGAGCUUGUCCGUCAUUUCCUGAUAGAGUGCACACCGAAAGGAGUUCGACUGAAGGGCUGUCCUAAUGAACCUUACUUUGGAAGUCUGACUGCACUGGUCUGUCAGCACUCUAUCACACCGCUGGCUCUGCCAUGUAAACUCAUCAUUCCAGACAGAGAUCCACUAGAGGACACUGUUGAGGCAGCACCGCAGUCUAUCAGCAACUCUGCAGCUGAGCUUCUGAAACAAGGUGCAGCGUGUAACGUGUGGUUCCUGGGCUCUGUGGAGAUGGAGUCUCUGACAGGUUACCACGCCGUACAGAAAGCCACCACGGAUCUUCUGAGCUUGGAGUCUGUUCCAUCCUCUACCGUAGUGCACUUCAAAGUGUCCUCACAGGGCAUCACGCUCACCGAUAACCAGAGGAAGCUGUUCUUCAGAAGACAUUACGCUGUCAACACUGUUAUAUUCUGCGCUUUGGACCCUCAGGACAGGAAAUGGAGACGGGAUGGAAACCCAUCAGCAAAGAUUUUUGGGUUCAUUGCCCGGAAGUCGGGCAGUGGCAUGGACAACAUAUGCCACCUGUUUGCUGAACACGACCCCGAGCAGCCGGCCAGCGCCAUCGUCAACUUCGUCUCCAAGGUCAUGAUCGGCUCGCAGAAGAACGCCUGAUUGCAGCUGAACAUGUCCCACUGUUCACCCCUGUUCCCUUUCCCUUAACGGACCUGCUGUCCCCUAGUGAUGCCAUCACACCAUGACUCUAGCGCUACGGUUCAUAUGAAAAGACUCGUACCAGAGAGCUGAAGAGAGAGAACCAGCGUGUGGAGCUUCAUGCUGCUACUCAGCUUUAAGAGAAACAUGUCUGCUGAUAUACGUGUCCUGUAUAUUGUAUAUGUAUGUAAUGAUAUCUAACCAAACCGUAUUUAUUGUAUUGUUUUCACGAUAGAAAUGCCACAGUGCUUUGGGGAAUCGUGGUGGUUCAUCGUUCCUUAAGUGUUCUCUUGCUCGUAUUGGAAGUGUACUACUGACCAUCUCUAGAUGAACAGCGUAUACACACUCAGAAGCUCGGCCAGUUUAGAGGACCAGUUAGUUUAGCUUUAUUUUUUAUAGAGGACUAUGUGUUUAAGGGCUAUAUGGACUAAGCCACUAGUAUUUUUAACAAAACCAAAAACUGAUUUGCUUUUUAAUGUAGCUGGUAGGUCAGGGGUCUAGAUUUCUAUUUUUAUCAAGAUGCUGGUAGAUGAGGGUUUUGUUCACAGACUUUCAGUGUCAAAGAUGUUAUUUAAUUUUUUUUUAAUGUGGCCACUUGCUGAGGGUUUUGACCACAAAUAUCAAAAUAAAAAAGCCAUAUUUGAAAAGAAAAAAAAAAAAAGAAAAAAAAAAUUCUGAGGGUUUUGUUCACAAAUUUUGUAAAAAAAAAAAAUUUCAAUUUCUUUGACUUUUAAUUUCAAAGAUUUUUUUUUCAAUGUAGCCAGUUGCUGAGGGUUUCGACCAGAAAUAUCUAAACUUUAUUUUAUUAAAAAAAAAAUGUAAAGACUUAUACAGCUGGUAGCUAUAAUUUUUAUUUCAAAUUUAUUGCAAACCCUUUUUUUUUUUUUUUCAAUAUUGAUCAACAAUUUUGGUCACAAUGUCCUAUAUUUUCGAACACAAAAAGUUACUGAUGCAAAUGUCGCUGAGGGUAGCUUUAAAUACAAAUUUCACAAGAAUUCCUUUCCUUGUACCAUAUUUUGUGUGGGGAAAAAAAUUCCCAAUGUUCCCACAUCUCAGAUUAUUUAAGCUGGUUUCACUUCAGCGUAUUUCUGCCUAUGCAAGUUGUUUAUUAAAUACAGCACAAAAUACAGCUGAAUGUUGGGCCUUACAACAUUUCUAAGGUAUUUCUUAGACAUCUUUUAGCUUUACUUGGCCGAAAACAGGCCCGAUACUUAUUGUAAAGGUUUUCAUGUUAAAGAAGCAUAGUAAAAAAUAAAACGGUAUUUUUGUAUGUUAUGCUUAAUAUAUUCACUCUCCAGUGGCUUGAUGUUACAUUGAACAGGACAGUUCACUUGUACUAAUGUGCCUUCAUCAGUGUCGUCAGUGUCGUCGUCGCUGUUAAACACUGUGGCGGUGUGAUGGGAGUGAUCUGUUGAUAAAGGAAGAGAUCUGAGAGGUUUGUACUCUGAUUGUAGUAUUAAAGUGUUGCAUAUGUAAUCAGUUA